AUGUGGGAGCUCAGUGAAGAUAAGAUACACUUUCAAAUGUUCCCGAAGCCCCCGUCCCUCCCUGUGAAGGCGGAGUGGGCCACUGAAGUGUCGCUGAGCUCCUGUCGCCAGUCUGCAGGAGGAGGAGGCCACCGACUCUUCUGCAGAAACAGAAACUUCAGACAUAAAAUCAAAAUGGAUUCAUCUGCACAAUCUAAUAAGGGAAACCAUAAUCGCAGGCCCAAGGAUGCUCAGAACAAGCCUCAUGUUCCUCCUCAGAAAGAUGCCUAUGCCAGACUCCUCAGCCAGCACCGCAGCAGCAAGUUCAACUCUUAUCUGGAGCAAUUUGCAAGGAACACAUUAAGUCUAGAUGAAGAUUCAAGUGACUUUUCACCCUCCUCUGUGAAAAGCAAAACUGGGGAGUCCUCCCUGUCCUUGUACAUGGAGAAACUUAGUUGUGGUAAUGAGCCUCCAGAGAACGAGGUGAUUCCUGGUGUCUCAGAGAAGCUCAGGAAAGGACAGAGGAGGGACACAACCACCAGCCAGGAUGGGGACAUUGAAUCCGGAGAAGAGUUGAUGGCCUUAAAUGAAUCCAAGAAACCACAGAAGCAGCAUAAGAAAAAUAAAGAUGUAGUCUCCAAUGAAGAUGGUCCUCAAGCUCCGAAUAAAGAGGGUAUAAUUCAACAAGAAUCAGAAAAGACCAAGAAGUCCAAGAAAAAGAGCCCAGCAAAGCAGAAAGAAGAUCAGAAAAAUAUGAUCAAGCAUGAAGCUGAGGCCCAUAUGUCUCCAAAAUCUCAAAAACUUCAACCAAAUAAAGUGGCCAGUUCUCCAGCUGACAAGAAAAAAAACAGAGGGAACGAAACCAAAAAACAAGUGUUUGAGCCUUACAUGUCGCUGGAGGAGGUUUCUCAUGGACUAAAGAGAGGAGAACUCAUUCAGGGUCAGCUAAGAAUCAACCCCAAGAAAUACCACGACGCCUUUAUCUCUUGUCCUGAUGAUGGCCGGGAUUUAUUUCUUGACGGCAUUGUAGCUCGCAACAGAGCUCUGAAUGGAGAUAUUGUGGCUGUGCAAGUCCUGCCUCGGGAUCAGUGGAAGGUGGUACGGUCCGAUUCUGACUGUGAGGGUGCCUAUGAGUCAGACACGUCUCGCAAGCGAACUGGAAAAAAUGUAAAUCAGCAGCUCAAUAGACCAGAGGAGAUUGCCCACGGUCAAUUUAGUGACGAUGAGCUACAGAGAACUGCCAAAGUGGUUUACAUUGUGGAAAAGAAGCAUUCAAGGGCUGCGUCCGGAUUCCUGCGAUUUCUACCUGACAAGACCUUUGCUAUGUUUUCUCCCACGGAUCACCGCGUGCCACGCAUAAACGUUCCUUUGUCGGCUUGUCCCCAAGACUUCAGCUCUCGACCAGAGGACUAUGCCAACACUUUGUUCAUAUGCAGAAUAGUGGACUGGCCUGCUGACAACAACUUUGCACAGGGGCUGCUUGCCAAAUCGCUUGGUCAGGCUGGAGAAAUUGAGCCAGAGACGGAGGGUAUCUUGAUUGAAUAUGAAGUAGAUUUCUCUGACUUUACAAAUGAGGUUUUAGACUGCCUCCCCAAAAACCUACCCUGGAUCAUUCCACCAGAGGAGAUGGAGAGGAGGAGAGAUCUUCGGAAACAGUGCAUCUUCACCAUAGACCCAGCAACAGCCAGAGAUCUGGAUGAUGCUUUGUCCUGUAAACUUCUCCCUGAUGGAAAUUAUGAAGUCGGAGUCCAUAUUGCUGAUGUCACUUAUUUUAUGGAGGAGGGGAAUGCUUUGGAUUUGAUGGCCAGUGAACGGGCUACCAGUGUGUACCUGGUUCAAAAGGUGGUUCCCAUGUUGCCUCGACUGCUCUGUGAGGAGCUGUGCAGUCUCAACCCUCUCACAGACAGACUUACCUUCUCCGUCAUUUGGAAACUUACUCCUGAAGGAAAGAUACUGAGUGAGUGGUUUGGCCGCUCAGUGAUCCGCUCCUGUAUUAAGUUAUCAUACGACCAUGCCCAGAGCAUGAUCGAAGCCCCCGAAAAACUGUUCACUGCUGAGGAGCUGCCUCUGUUUGAUCCUGAACAUCCCAUCGAUGAGAUCCACCAGGCUGUGCUCCACCUGCACGCCAUCGCCAAGAACCUCCGCAACCAGCGCUUCAGUGGGGGAGCCCUUCGUCUGGACCAGUUGAAGCUGUCUUUUACUUUGGAUAAAGAAAGUAUGAUGCCUCAAGGCUGCUACGUUUACCAGUACAGAGACAGUAACAAGUUGGUGGAAGAGUUCAUGUUAUUGGCCAACAUAGCCACAGCACAUCACAUCCACAGGCAUUUCCCUGAGUUGGCUCUGCUCAGAUGUCACCCUCCACCCAAAGCCAAACUCGUCCUGCACCUGCAGGAAGUCUGUAAAACUCUGGGUAUAGACAUGGAUUUUUCCUCUGCGGGAGCUUUACAAAAAACCCUCAAUGCCACGGUUGGGAAUGAUCAGUAUUCUGCAGCCAGGAAAGAAGUCCUCACUCACUUGUGUUCAAGACCUUUGCAGAUGGCCCAAUAUUUUUGCUCUGGGCUGAAAAGAGACGAGCAGCAGUAUAAACAUUAUGCCCUGAAUGUUCCUCUGUACACUCACUUCACCUCUCCCAUCAGAAGAUAUGCAGAUGUUAUUGUCCACCGGCUCCUGGCUGCAUCGCUUGAUUGUGGACCUAUGUUGGGGCGGGUGUCUAGCGAAGUGCAGAAACAAGCAGAACACUGUAAUGACAAAAAGACUGCAGCCAAAAGAGUCCAUGAGCUCAGCACAGAGUUGUUCUUUGGGGUGUUUGUGAAGGAGUGUGGACCGCUGGAGUCUGAGGCCAUGGUGAUGGGAGUGCUGGAUCAGGCCUUCGAUGUGCUGGUUCUCCGCUAUGGAGUUCAGAAACGCAUUUACCCCAAGCAAAUCAACGGUGUUGAAGCCUUUUUUAAACGCAAUGUUGGAAAAACACUUGAGCUGACUCUCAUAUGGAAACGCGAAAAUCCCAAUGAAGCUCCAGUUCAGCAGGUCAUUUCCAUCUUCACCCGGGUGGAUGUGCAGUUGGUAACGGACCGCGCAACCCUUAAGUACAGCGCAGAGCUGAAGAGGCCGAGCACGGAGGGCUCUUAA